AAACAUUAUCACUAUUAUUACUUUUAGCAUAACUCUAAAUAAACUCUAAAUAACCAGAAAGAAUAAGUAUCUAGGGUUUUCAGUUACUUCUCACUUGACUGUGUAAUUCGUGUGCUGUGCGAGAUUCCAAACCCUAACAAUCUCGCCGCACAAACCAUGACGUCGGUGGUGGUUCCUACUUCCGAAGAAGACGCCGCUCUUUCCGUCGUCCGAUUCAUUUCUGAGCUUACCUGGGCUGAUGCUGGUCCCGAGGCUGCUGAGCGUGAAGUUAGCCGACUCUGCAAGGAGGCUGAAGAGUUCAUUGCUUUUGGGAAGUGGUUGGAGCUGGCAUCGUUGAUGAUUACUUCUGCUGAAUUGAUCUUCUCAAAGGUUUCUGAAAAAGAGGUUGAGUCCAUCUUCACUGUUAUCUGCAAUCUUGUUACAAAGACUGAGAAUACAGAUGAAGUGAUGGAGAUUGUGAAAGUUAUAACUGCAAAAUUAGUUCAGCAGCCAAAUGAAAAGCCGGCAGUGCGAUUGAAGAUUUUGAUCAAUCUGUAUACUCUAUUGGAGACUCCAUACUGCCAGUUUUAUGUCUACUUGAAGGCAUUGAAUUUAGCUGUUGAUGGGAAAGUCACAGAAUACAUUAUUCCUUCAUUCAAAAAGAUUGACAGCUUCUUGAAAGAGUGGAAAAUAGGGGUACCAGAACAGAGAGAACUCUUUCUCGCGAUCUCUAAUGUUUUGAAGGAAAACAAAAGUUUGUCAAAGGAUUCUUUCAAGUUCCUCACCAGUUACCUGGCUACUUUUUCUGGAGAAGAUGCACAUGUUUUGAGUGAAGCCAAGGAGGAAGCUGUGCGUGCAAUUGUUGAUUUUGUCAAGGCUCCUGAUGUAUUCCAGUGUGAUUUACUGAACUUGCCUGCUGUUGAGCAACUGGAGAAGGAUGACAAAUAUGCUUUGUUAUAUCAGCUUCUCAAGAUUUUUCUUACUCAGAGGCUUGAUGCAUACUUAGAAUUUCACACUGCAAAUUCAACCUUAUUGAAAGACUAUGGCCUUGUGCAUGAAGAAUGCAUAGCAAAAAUGAGAUUGAUGUCGUUGGUUGAUCUCAGCUCUGAUGGAUCUGGCCAAAUUUCGUACGAACUUAUCAGGGACACACUUCAGAUCAAUGAUGAUGAAGUUGAAUUAUGGGUCUUCAAAGCAAUAACGGCAAAGCUAAUUGACUGUAAGAUGGACCAAAUGAACCAAGUUGUAGUUGUUAGUCAUCAUACUGAUCGGGUGUUUGGUCAACAUCAAUGGCAAACACUGAGAACAAAGCUAGCAGCUUGGAGGGGAAAUAUUUCAAAUGUAAUCAGUACUCUUCAGGCCAGCAAAACAUCGGAGGAUGGGUCCCAGGCAGCCCAAGGUUUGGUAGUUCGCUGAGGACUUCUUGAUCUGAAGCCAUUUUGUUAAGUAACUAGAUUAAUCCAGGUCGAAUUUUUUUUUAAUCUUUAAGAGAGAGGAAGGAAGAGAUUGUAAUUUGUUCUGUUUACAAUAUUUACUUUUGUUUUAGUUUUUGGCUUUUGACUCUAAUUGUACUACUAACAUUAAGAGAGAAGCCAUUUUGAAUUUUGGAUUUAAAUUUGUUUCUGAGUAUAUUAUAUCGAUGGACCGAAACCAUUUGAUGUUUA